UCAAAUCGCAUCAUUCUGUUAGAUUCUCUUCUCUCUCACCAUCAGACCCGGAAAACCAGAAGAGAGAGAGAGGGAGACAACUUUCUUCCGUUUUCCGGCAAUGGACAUUUACUCUGGCCGAUUCGUCCUUAUCCUCAUUCUGAGCUUCAUAUCCAAAUCCUCUUCUCAAUCCAUCAUCCAAAUCUCGCCGGAAAAGUACCACAAAUCCUCCGCCGCCGAUCUGAUCUACUGCGACAGCUGGCGGUUCUCCGUCGAAACCAACGACGCCGGAAUCUGGACUCAGGUCCCUUCCAGGUGCCAAGACUACGUCCACGAUUACAUCACCGGCGUUCGCUACCGUUCCGACUCCGAGAUGGUCGCCUUAAACGCGCUGGAGUUUGCCAAGACGGUGGAGUUCGCCGGAAACGGCAAGGACGCCUGGGUUUUCGAUAUCGAUGAGACUUUGCUUUCUAACCUACCGUACUACGCGCUCCACGGAUUCGGAUCAGAAACAUUCGAUGAAGUCUCUUUCGAUGAAUGGGUGGAUUUGGCUGAGGCUCCUGCCUUACCGGCAAGUUUGAAGUUGUACAAGGAGCUUCAGGAGAUGGGUUUUACAAUAUUUCUGUUAACAGGACGGAGUGAGAUUCAGAGAAAUGUCACAGUGAAAAAUCUUCAGUAUUCUGGGUAUAGAAACUGGGAAAAGCUUAUAUUGAGGGGACCUUCUGAUUCAGGUAAGCCGGCCAUUGUGUACAAAUCGGAGAGGAGAAAGUUGCUACAAAAUGAAGGUUAUACAAUCCAUGGGAGCUCUGGGGAUCAGUGGAGUGACUUGUUAGGGUUUGCAGUGGCCCAAAGAUCUUUCAAACUGCCAAAUCCAAUGUAUUACAUUGCCUAAAACAAAAACAGGAAAACAAUAGUAAAAAAAAAAAUGGCAAUUAUGUACACUCCUGAUCCUCGUAAAUUAUUGCUCUUUUUGGGUGAUCUUGUCCUAUUGUUUGUUGUCCAAGUUCUUUUCAAUAAUUCAAUGGCUUAUUAUUCAUGGCCACUUUUGGUGGCUUAUCUUGUUAA